GGAUGGGAACACAGCCGCAGUGAGAAGUCGCGCGCCCCCGGUUGUACCCAGUGUUUAUUCUCUUCCACUGCUCCAUUAGCUGUCAUGUUACAAGACACGGAUAUGAGAUUUAUCAGCCGUAUGCGUUUCUGCUGGCGUGCACGAACCGUCAGGCUCUGAGGACGACCUUCUUUUUCCACCUACUGCGGGAUUCAAAAACUUUUCUCUCGUUAAAGGAAGCGAGCACACGGGUUCCGGUGGCCGCCGAACUGCCUUUCUUCUUCUUCGGAUUCAUUCUGGAGAUUCUUCGGUGUUUGCAAUCACGUUAGAAAAGUGCUUAGUGCUUUCGUAGCUUUUUCAACACGGUUCAUGAACACUCUGUUGAUGCUUAAUAGCUUAAAUAAAGCUUAAAUAAAAGGCGCGUUGCUCUCUGAAAGCAGGUUCGGCUCUCGAGCUCGGAACAGUCGCGCGACGUAGUAGCGCGCGACGCUUGUUUAAAAAAGUUUAAAUAAUAACGGAAUUUAACGGUCAAUUUCGAAACAUCAUCGCGAGCGCCUUUAAUCGCCAUUUUGUCAUGAAACUAGGUUGUGCGCUAGUCUUUUCUUUCACCUUUGGCUUUUUUUUUUUUCAAGUUAAGCUGAAGUGACUCAUGAAAGUUAUUUAUUUUGGAUGAAAAGUGAAACCAAGCCUCAGUUUGAAAGCACACUGACCCGACAGAGUGAGAGGAGGAGAAAAAAAUCUGCAAAGUUAGCAGAAAAAGGAGGCAUCAAAAUCACGGAAAUCGCUCUGAAAUGGAUUUCAUAAAGGCAACCCGCUUACUGUUGCACCUUUUGGACUAACAGCGGGCUACACCAGCCGCCGCCAUUCCGCCUUUCCACGCGGAAAUAGCAGUGAAUUUCUCCCCAGAGUUGCAGGGCCACUGGUUUACUCAGAGCUACGAUGAAAAGGCGCCGGAGGCUUCUCGUUGUUUUUCUGAAAUCGUCAGAGGAAUUCCAUCACUGUCGCAUCAUGAUAUGACAGCGAGGUUUGCGCUUAAAAUUUAUAAACUUCCUACCACCUCGGAUCUCUUAAACAAUGGCAGCAGCAGCAGUUUUUCCCGGUAAUGGAGAAGCUAGACUUUCCCUGUCAGCAUCACUGAAAUAACUGUAGCGUUUACUGCUUAAUAGACUGAUUACACAAAUACUUUGGGCUGCGCAUGCGCGAAGAGAGGUCACGUGAUCGGCACCCGCGAGUUUCAGGCUGUUAAUGGGUGGUGUCCAAAGACCAAGUGUGUGAAGACUCCAUAUCUGAAUACAGAAGAGGACACACACACAUCGCAAAAAUGAAUGAGAGACAGGCUCUCCAUUCCAUAAUGAAGGACCUGGUGGCGCUGCAGAUGACCAGGCGGCAGCCCAUGCCAGCUUACGACAUGGCCAAAGCCAAGCCUGCUAACACUGCUAGCACGACUAACAGACAGGACGACGUCAGAAUCAAGUUCGAGUUCUGCGGAGAGAGAAGGAUACUGAUGUUCAGUCGCCCCGUGCAGUUUGAGGAAGUCCAGCAAAAGGUCAAGACUGUCUUCGGGCAGCAGCUAGACCUGCACUAUAUGAACAAUGAGAUGUCAAUCCCGCUGCAUGGCCAGGAUGACUUGGACAAGGCUAUUGACCUGCUGGACCGCAGCUCUAACAUGAAGAGCAUAAAGAUCCUGCUGCUAACAGAAGAGCACAGCAAUGUCUCGUCCCCGACUCAUCACUCUGGGUGCAAGCAGGUUCGAAUCAAAGCCUCGCAGUCCAUGGGGGAUGUGAGCACGGCGUAUCAGUCCUCUGAGCCCAGGGGACGCCACCCGUCCACCAGUUCUCAGAACACUGGGCGGAGCUCCCCGCCUCCCGGCUACGUUCCGGAGCGGCAGCAGCGAAUCGCUCGCCAAGGAUCCUACACCAGCAUUAACAGCGAGGGAGAGUUUAUCCCGGAGACCAGCGACCAGUGUGUGCUGGAUCCUUGGAGCAGUGCGGAAAACUCCAUAUCCGGUAGCUGCCAGUCACUCGACAGCAACUCAGAAAGCCCCUCACUUCGGAAGUCCCGCAUGCACAGAGCCAGAAGUUAUCCUGAUAACAGGCAGGAUUGUGCAGACAGGGAGAAUCACGUGUAUGAUAAAAUUAUAGCUAAAGGAGGGACGUACCCACGGAGGUACCCAGUUUCUCCACAUCACAAAGACCUCAGUGAGGGUCGGCGCACGUUUCCACGGAUACGACGUCCCCAGGGUAACCUGUUCACGCUGGUGCCGUCACGUCGUUCCCUCAAUGGCAGCGAGGAGAGUCUCGGAAGCUGGCAGCUGGUGGAUGCGCACUCCCGGCUCCGCCCCAAAGACCGCCCACUGCCUCACAAGUCCCCCACAGCUCCUGUGACAUGGAGGAGAGGGAAACUGCUGGGCCAAGGUGCAUUCGGCCGUGUUUAUCUCUGCUACGAUGUGGACACUGGACGGGAACUGGCAGCUAAACAGGUCCAGUUUGACCCAGCAAGCCCGGAGACCAGCAAGGAAGUCAGCACUCUGGAGUGUGAGAUUCAGCUACUGAAAAAUCUGCAUCACGAGCGCAUCGUACAGUACUACGGCUGCCUCAGAGACCACAAUGAGAAGACUCUGACCAUCUUCAUGGAGUACAUGCCUGGGGGCUCGGUGAAAGACCAGCUGAAGGCCUACGGGGCGCUAACGGAGAACGUGACCCGGAAGUACACCAGGCAGAUCCUGGAGGGCAUGUCCUACCUGCACAGCAACAUGAUCGUCCACAGGGACAUUAAAGGUGCCAACAUCCUGCGGGAUUCUGCAGGGAAUGUAAAACUCGGAGACUUCGGGGCCAGCAAGCGCCUGCAGACCAUCUGCAUGUCCAGUACGGGUGUGCGCUCGGUCACUGGGACGCCGUAUUGGAUGAGUCCGGAGGUCAUCAGCGGAGACGGUUAUGGACGCAAAGCAGAUGUGUGGAGUCUUGGCUGCACUGUGGUGGAGAUGCUGACGGAGAAGCCCCCUUGGGCCGAAUAUGAGGCCAUGGCAGCCAUCUUUAAAAUAGCCACUCAGCCCACGAACCCCAUGUUGCCGUCGUACAUCUCAGAGCAGACCAAAGACUUCAUCCGGCGCAUCUUCGUAGAGGCCAAACACAGGCCGAGCGCAGAAGAGCUGCUCAGACACCCGUUCUCCCAGAUCUUCUGUUGAGCGAGCUGCAGAAUUAAAGUCCUCGACCUGGACGCCUGGACCCGGAAAACCCGAAAGCUGUAUUUAUGACAUAUAGAUCAAUCGGUGAUCACAAAGCAGACCAAAGCACAACACGCAGCUGGGCAUCAUGCAGUCAAGAGCGGUUAGAUUUAGCUCUUUAAUUUGUCCAUUAGUGGUAUUGUUGCAUUGCUCUGUGUGUACCAGCAGGGGGCAGCACAAGACAGCCGAGUGCUAUUGCAGGCACCAGCAGCGGGGUCAUCCAUCUGAACUCAGUACUAGGGCUGCGCAAUAGGAAUAAAAUAGCAUACAGUGAUUACAUUGCUAUAUACUGAGACCACAAUAUGACCUGCAGUACAUUAAAACAAACUGCAGAACCUGUAAUGUUUGGCUCUUAAAGAUUAAUUAGACCACAGUAAUUCAUCAUGAUAUCGAUAUCACGAGAUCUCGAAGAUCUGUCAGGCUUCUGCGAUGGCAGGUUUGUGAUAAUGAUUAAUAAAUGAUAUAUCGUGCAGCCCUACUCGCACCUGCGUCAUCCAGAGCCGAGCUGCGAGACCUUUACAGGUUGGUGCGGUUUACUUACUGAUCCGCUCGUCAUGUGGUUCGCAGGUUCCUGGCUUGUUUUGUUGCGUACCUGUUCUUGUCAGGAUUCAUAUGACGAUGAUCCAUAAAGCUGAUCUAGCUCUUUGGGUCAGUCAUGUUAGCAUUGUGUUAAUCAUCAGAGAGGUAGAGCUACAGGCUAUGUUUCAGUCAUUACAGGCUUUCCUUCCACUUAUAGUCCAACUGAACGUUCUCCGUUACAGGGUGUGUAGAUGCCUGAUGCUUUUCUCUUACUGUCCUGACAGUUCAUACACUUUUUGAGGCAGCACUCUAACUGUAACUGUAACAUUGCUGUAAGAAAAUUCAAUCAGCUUUAAAACCUCGCUCUUUGAGACUCAGCAGUCAGACUCUCAGAACAUCAUCAUGUGACCAUUUUGAGUCGUCAAGAAAUUUGCUACCAUCCAGUGUCUCGAAAACAAAAAAUGAAACUCUCGCGGCCUUUUUCUUUCUUAUUUUAAUUAGAAAAGAGGGUUCUCCAGAACCACGGUAGGGAGCCUUUGAAUUAGAUAACAUGAUAGCUAACUAGCAUUGAGUUAAUAAAGUGGUGAGUUAGUUAAACUAGGUUGCUUAACUAGUAGCUAAUAUAUUUUCUGGACUAUAAGAUGGACUAAUUUGCCUUUUACUUCAAUAUAUAUGUUAUAUAUUUUAUAAUACACUGUCUUAUAUAUUAGCCUAUUGUUGUCUGCUUGAUUUUUAUAACACACAUAUAUACGUAUAUACGUUUUAUAUAUACAUAUAGCUGAAAAAUGUACAGCUAUGUAUGUGAAACAUCUACAUGCCAGUGUCACAAGGACACACUACAGAUAACCUAUGAAUAAAAUUGCAUGAUAUAUUAAUGCAAUCUCUAAUAUUAAGAGGUGUAUAUACAGAUUUGUUUAGGCGGUGGUGCGUUUAUAGUCCAGAAAAUAUGGUAGCUGACGAGGGGUGUUACGAAACAUUUGCAAAACUUUUCUUAAAAUUGUUAAAAAGGUUACAAAAUAAGAAGCCUCAAAAUAGGCUUAUGCAAUACAACGAUUUAAUCGUCUCUACAUAUUAACUCCUUAUAUUACCAGACCUGCCAACCUUUACGCAUUUCCCUUAGAAGCGCCUCAAGUAAAAAUUGGAGUGUGCUAGUACGAGUUAUCAUCCAAAAAAUAGACCAAAAGAAUAAUAAAUAAAAUAAUAUCCAAUAUCCAAUUGAAAUAUUAAUCUGGAAUAUGUUUUCGUGAUCGCCUCUGCCACCAAGCAGUUCCCGACUGCACUGCUGAUAAUAUUAUUACACCCUUCCCCGUCUCUCCUUAAAACUGAAAUGGUGGACGUGCUCGUUUUCCCGUCUUGGCUGCCAGUUCUAGACGAUUACAAUAUAUAUCACUUUAACAUUUAAUUUUUUAAAUGGUAAAUUAAAAAAAAAGGGAAAAAUCAAUAACACACAAGCCUAAAUCAAAAUAUUCAUAUAUAGCUGUUGAUGGAGCUUCAUCGUUUUUUCUACAGUCACUUACUGGCUUGAGUAAAACAGACCUGUGGUCGCGGGGUUUCGGUUCCUUUUACAGUUGACAGCGUUGCCUCAAAUUGCAAGCAAGGUAUCAUGCCUUUUACUUAUUAAAAUGUAUUUUAAUAAGUUAGAGCCAGUGUUUGCUCUUCUAGAUGAGAAUAAGCCAAAGAACAUGCAAUACACAUUUGCCAGAUUUCACAUUGGUUCAUUUGGCAGUAGUGUUAAAAACACAUUUUAUUAAAACAGGUGAAGAUUGUGCCUUAAGCUCGGUGCGGAAUUGUUUUUUUUUUUAAUCCGAUGCACUUUUGUAAAAAUGAAUGUUUGUUGUAUUUACCACAUUUUCAUUUUUUUUUAAUUUUUGCCAAAGUUUCCAUAAUGUGAAAUCUGUUUCACUUUUAUUUAUAUCCCAGUGCUCAGCUGUCUUUUUUGCAUACACAAAUAUUCAUGUAUAAAUAUAUUUUUAUAUCAAUUUUUAUAUAUGGAAAUAGAUCGAUGUCUUUUGGAAUUCAAAACACGAGACGAGAUGGUGUUAGAAACCCAAACCAAAGAGAAACAAUGUUAGCAGCUGGUUUUGCAAAGACAUUUUGUGCAUUUCUGAGUGGAAAAGGCGCUCAGGUUGUUCAGCCCAAGCAUAAAAGCUAAGUGUAUGUGUGUGUAUGAGUGUGUGGCUCUGGGGAAGAGAGUGAUCAUGAGGUCAUGAUUCUGACUGUGUUUAGGUUGUUUUUACAGGAUGACUUGCAGAUGUGAGUUAUAAUUGGCACACAUACACACUCAAAAAGUGCCAUUAAUAGAUAACUUGAACAGAAGGUGAUUGCACCUGUUGGAUAAUUUAGGAUGUCGAGAGGCAGACAGAAGUGAGAGAGAAGCGAGUGAGAGAUUUGAUCGGUUUUAGAAAGUGAUGCACCUUUUGAUCACUUAAUGACAGCUGGAAGAAACUGAAAUUGCAACCUUAGUAUUAUCAGGUUCUAUCUGGGUAAAGAGACAUUUCGACACAUCUCUUUGACUUAAUCUCAUUAAAUAAUUAUUAAAUGCAAGUAAACUCAGUAGACAAAGGUAUUUUGAGCCUAUUAAAAAAUGACAUCACAUUUAAAAUAAAAGAUUAUUAUAGAAAUAAUUGGGCCCCGCAUUUUCUCACUAAUUUGCUCACUUUCCAAUUCCCACCCACCAGCCACUUCUCCCCUAUGCGCUUCCUCUAGGAAACGUGAAGCCAGCCAACCACAUCUUUUCAAACUUCUGCUUCAAAGAAGCACGCAGAGUAACAAACUUGGUGGAAAGCACUAUCCGCCCACUUCCUCAUACAUGAGUUUACAGAUGGCCACGACUGGCUAGUAUCACUGUGACUGACACUGUGUUAUCCCUCCCACCCAGUGGACACAGAUUUUGUUUUUUUCGACUCCCAGCCAUGGAUGGCUGUGGCAUCAGUGAGAUCCGUACUCACGGUCUCCAGAUGAAAUGUUGAACACGUUUCUGUUGCGCCACGUGGGAGAUGCGAUAUUGCAAGACAAACAUGUCUUACACGUUUGCUAGCUGAGUUUCAGUCCUGGUUACACUGGAAAUUUCAGUUUAUUAAGCACAUUGCAUGCUAGCUAAUCAGUAAUAUUUAAUUCUAAUGUUAUCAGAUGUUAACCACAAUAUUAGCUUUCUCCUGCACUGAAGACUUUCUAAUGUCCCAGGACGGUUAUAUAUUGUAAAAGCAGCAAGUAAAGUACUGUACUGUUCCUGUUAUGUACACUUAAGUUUUAUUACUCUCAUAGAGCAAAUGUAGAACGUCUCCAGCUAAAAAUGACUUUCUUCUUCAUCUCAAUUUUCAGAGUGAACCUUGUAAUACUGAGGUCACGAAAUUGUAAUGACGUGAAUGUGAAAGAUGUGGCUGAAUGUGGUGAGACGCAGGUGGAUGCCAGAGCGCCGGGUUCCACUCAGCUUGACGGCUUUGUUUAGCUCAGGGUUUGAGUGACAUGUGCCCAUCAUGAGGGCACACAAAUUGUCUGACCAGUCACUGUCAGCGUUUCGAUCUUCAGUCAGUGAUGAAUUGUUUCAGUGUGGCUGCUAUUCUGUUUUUGGCAGCUAGCUAUCAGUAUUUUACCAAUUUUUAAAGUCCAGUCUUUGAGGAAUUUCAGAGUGUUUUAUUUACUAGUGUUGUGAAUCGUGAGAACCCUGAGGUAAGCAAAAGACUAUGAAGCAAUAGGUGAAUUAUAUAUGAUGAUGUAUCAUGACAUAGGACUUGCAGUGCAAAGUCUAAUGUAUCAAAGUCAUUUACAAUAAAAUAACUGUAUGCUAUUAAA